GGAAAUGCGUGGUCUAGCUUUCUGUGUGCUUAGGUGCCCGAGCUACUGAGGGUCUAAGUCCGGGCAGCCGAAGAGUGUGGUAGGUAACGGUCGUCAGCGCAAGGGUCAUUUCGUCGCUGGGAAGGGACGGCCCUCGCCCGCGGUGAUGGUGGUUAGCAAGAUGAACAAAGAUGCGCAGAUGAGAGCAGCGAUUAACCAAAAGUUAAUAGAAACUGGAGAAAGAGAACGCCUCAAAGAGUUGCUGAGAGCUAAAUUAAUUGAGUGCGGCUGGAAGGAUCAGCUAAAGGCACACUGUAAAGAGGUAAUUAAAGAAAAAGGACUAGAACACGUUACUGUUGAUGACUUGGUGGCUGAAAUCACUCCAAAAGGCAGAGCCCUGGUACCUGACAGUGUAAAGAAGGAGCUCCUACAGAGAAUAAGAACAUUCCUUGCUCAGCAUGCCAGCCUUUAAGGGUGAAUUAGAAUGUGUUGGUCUGUGGAUUUAUUUCUGAAAGUAAAACUUGCCAUAAUUAGAAAUUGAUUUCCCAAAUAAAGUCCUUUUUUGUAUGAUGGUAUACAGUUUUCAGUAAUGUAUACAUUGUAUUGAUUUUUUCCCUAAAUGUGUUAUUUUAAUAAAUAUCUCAUGAAUGAGUUUCAAUUUUUUUAUUUUGGAAUAAAUGGGACUCUGUUUAUUACUGAUUGCCUAGAAAUGUUGAGAUAAAAAAUGCCAGCAAUUACUAUUAUCCAGUAUUUAUAUGUGUGAUUCUCUGUGCUAACGUCUGAGACGCCUUUCUGGGUUGUCUACAAAUGGUUUGUUCCUCUUUUGAUUCCUCACAUUUGAUAACUGUGAUGCUCCAUCUUUGUACUGUAGGUUGUCUAUUUCUUUGUUACAAAUUCUGAGUGUUAGGACUGGGUCUUACUUAAUCUGUAUGUGCCUUCCUUAUGCUUCAAAGAAAUUACCAUCUAGUGGAAGACAGAACAUUUCCAAGCUGACUGAACACCACAUUUUCUACUCAUCUGAACUUUGAAAGCAGAAUCUCUAAAUUGCAUCCCCAUAUUCUGAGGUCAAGAAAGAACUCUAAUGGGAAAUAAUCUCUACCAAUUAGCUUUACUCUGACAUCAAUCAGGAUUACCAGAUCUAAUGGACUCUUGUCUAUCAGUGUGACCUUUGACGCAGAGUGAUUAUGUUGGCCACCCUUCCACUUGGAACUUUGCAUCCCCUCCUCACACUGCUUCCUACCAUUGGAAGUCCUUUCUGGCUUUUUGUGGAGUACUUUUUGCUGUAUGUAACUUUUAAGUAAUGUUUUGUUGGACUUUCUUCUGAGUCCUCUGAUUAAUAAUAUGUUUUCCCUGGUUGAAUCCCAGGAGGUGAGUCUGCCAUGUUUCAAAUAUCAACAGAUUGAUAUAUGCUGAACAUUCUCACAACCAGACUUAAUUCUAGCCUCACUGCCCAUAUGCCCACCAGUGGGUCUACUUCCUUGGAUAGUUCACAAACACCUUUAAAUGACCAUACUUUAACAGUAAGAUUCUCCCCUAUUAACUACCUGUGUUUUAGUCCUUAUUCAUGGGGUCUCUCAGACACAAGUGACUCAAGAUGAAUAUUAAUGCUAUUUUUCGGAGGGAAAAAACAAGACUACUUGUGAAACAUCCUUAGUUUUGUGUUUGUGUUACUGCUGCUGAUUGGUUGAGGGCCAGCUAUAAACUUGGAUUAUCAUUUGUGGCCCUCCUAAGCCCAAGUGAUUGCAGUGACUCCUCUGUGCCUCCACUAUCUUCCUCAUCGUUUCCCUGCCUAUGUGGCCUUAUGAAAUUCAAGUCUGGUCAUUUAUUUCCCCUACUUGAAAUGUUUCAAUACUGGAUGAAAUUCAAACUCAGCAUACUAGCUAGGCCCCUCUAAAUCUAGCACGUAUUUCUAUCUCUGCAGUCUGUAAAAAAAAAAAAAUUGUUCCAUCUCUUAGUACCUCUCAAAAAUCAUAACAUCUAGGAAGCCCUUUAAGUCAUCAUGUUACUACUUUCCCUUCAGAGUUCAGCUUGAGUUUUUAAAUGUUCUGACAGUCUCAUGAUUUCAAUUCCUUGUCACUGAUUUCUUUUUGGAUUUUUGAGGUAGGCUGUCCCUCCAUCAGUCAGCUAGCCUCACACUGGCCUUGAGCAUGAAUCCUGAGACCUGGGAGCACAGGGAUGUUAGCCCAUCUGGAGGGGAGGGAACAAAUUCAUUGUAUGAUUCUCAUUUCUGAAAGAAUGGAUAAGGCAGUGACUGAACUGAGUGAGCACUACAGGAGCACGUGAUAAAGUCCUAAUAUAUAGGUACAGUUGAGAAAAGGGUUCAUCGUCCACACUACAUUAAGUUUAAAUGUCAUUGAGUCAUUUACAGAAUUAUAUAUUUGGAUCUUGAGAUAUGUACACCCAAAAUCUCGCCCAAAGUAAUAUUUUCAGUUUCAUUAUGUUCUAAAUAGGAAUUUUCAUUUUGUUACCAAUUAUAAAAAAAAAGUAGUCUUACAUGGUACACAGAAAGUAUUAAAAAUAAGGGGUGGUUCUUCAUAAUUCUGUAUAUAGAAACAAACUGAAAAGGCUUAUAAAGAUAUUAUUUUAAUAUCCCAAAAGAUUUAAAAAAUGGCAUUUGGAAACUCCUUGACAAUGAGAAAAAUAACCAAGUUUAAAAUGCUUUGUAGAAAUUUAAGGUGAGAGCAUAGAUUCGGUUUUUGGAGGGUUUUUUUGUUUUGUUUUUAAUGGUAUUUUUGGCCUCUUUCCCUCCCCCCCCCCAGCCCCCCGCCCACCCCGGUUUGUUUUGAGACAGGGUCACAUGUAGUCCAGGCUUUCUCUGUACUUGCUAUGUAGCCUAGGUAAGUCUUGAAUACCUGAUCCUCCUACCUCUACCUCCCAAGUGCUGGGAAGACAGGUGUGUGCCACCUCUGGGGCCCAUAACAGCCUAGAUUUAAAACAAUGCUAAGACUCCCCUACCACCUUUCUCUUUGGCAUCUUAUAAAUGUCUUGUAGAUUGAAUCUAGAAUCACUGGUAUUUGUAAAUAAAUCAACUUUGUGAACA